AUGGUAAAAUGUUCUUUUUUUCUCAUGGGAAUACUUAUGAUUCCAUCCAACUGUUUGACUACUUUUUUAACUGGAUUUGUUUCAACAUUUUAUGUUUGGGGUUCAGGCAACAUUUUAUAUUCAUCUUCUACACCAAAUAGAUCGUUUUCAAGUACAAUUAAUUUUUCAUCGAGUUUUACAAAUAUUCCAGAAGUAUUCAUCAUAAAUUAAGUAUAUGAUUUAAAUACUGGAAGUGAGUAAGGCUUUUAGUUCUACAUAGAUAGUAUAACAAGAUCAAGUAAUUGAUAUUUUAAUUGUUUUAGGUUUCACAGUAAGAAUUUAGCUUCCUUAUACAACUACAUAUAAUGGUAUUGAAUUCAGAUACUAUGCUAUUGAUGAUAAACGUAGAUAAGUGAUAUCAAUGUUUAAUUAAUUCAACCCAACUUAAGGGACUCUAAAAUUCUAGCAUAAUAAUCCUAACUUUGUUGUUGGAAUAGCUUCUGUGAUUAGUCUUCAAUAUCUAGGGUCAUUUAGUUAUCAUUUAUAUGUAUUAUUAAUAUUGAAAUUAGGUAUCGGAAGUGACAAAAACUGAUUGUUCAAUUACUAUGUCAUUUUCAAAUACCAUAUAACAACUUGGAUAUUAGAUAUUGCUUGGUACAAAAGAUGCAUUUUACAUUAAAGGAACUAUUUAUGCUACAUCUAUUCCAUCAUAUGUAGCUGCAUUUAGUUUUGAAUCAGGAUGGUAGGAUUCUUAACUAUUAUCUGUUAUUUAAGGGAUUUCUUAUUCAGAAGGAACAACAUUUAGAAUAAGACUUAAUAGAAAUAAUGUAGUGAUGACUUAGACAAACUAUGAUAUAGAGUUAUGUAUAAUUAAUAUAUCAAUUAAUUUUUAGGGGCUGGAAGUGUUUUAUAAAAUGUUUAUCAUUAAUAUGGAGCUAUCAGACCAUAAUGGAAUGAAGGAUUUUAUUAAAGUUUUUAGCUUCUUAAAUUCUUUGUUUUUAAAAAUUAUGACAAUAAUAUUGCCACCAUCUUAAAUUCAUUUGAAUUAUCAAUACCAGAAUUUAAUUUUCAAAGUUCAAUUUCAGGAGUUUUUAAUUUAGAUGUAGAUAAUUCAAUCACCGAUUUUACAUUAAACUUUAUAAGAAAAUGUGAAUAAGGAAAAAAAUUAACUAUGCAAUUAAUCCAAGCAAAUGGUUGUGCUUCCACUUAUUAUUAAUAUGAAAUUAUUUGCACUUCGAGAAUUAAUAUCUGCAAAUAAAAAUUUUAUUUUUAAACGGCUACUCCAAUGAUUUCUAAAUUGAAAAUAACUAUCUCAUCUGAUACAACAUUUAUAAUUGAGCAUAAUUACAUCGAUUAAGUUGUUAAAUAUGUAAAUAUUGCUUCUAUAGGAUAUGUAUGA